UUCUUGCUCUAUGUCUGCUCCUGUUUCACCUACUUUAAAAAAAAUAAGAUGUUGUCUCGAAAUAUUUUAAUAUUUUCAGCAGUGGUCUUUUUGGCACCUAUAUUUUCAACGGCUCCAGUUGAAGAGAAAGAACUAGAAGAAGCAGAGUUGGAAGUGGAGACUGCAGAGGAGCUUUCUGAAGAGGAAGAAGAUGAGGAUGACUCGAAAAGUCGGGAUAUGAACAUGGGAAUUGGAGCGCAGAAGGCCACCGCAGCACCGAAAGGCACGGGUUCAGCUAGUCAGCAUGAUGCUUCGUUGGAAGGCGGUUCAUCCAAUGGACACAGACUGAAUGGGGGAAGUUCCUUACAGACCGGCUAUCACUCAACGUCAAGCAGUACUUCAGCCACAGGAGGAAUUCAGGAUCCCAGUGCUGAAGUGCCCAUAGGGUCGAGUAUGGAGACAGGUUUUGCAGGUGGUCCAGGUGUGUCUGACCCUGGUUCUCAGAUCACGGCUCCAGGAAACGGGCAGAAGCUUCUGGUGAAUGGAGCACAAGAAGGUCCUGCAGGUCCAGUGGACCACUUUAGCAUUGAUCCCCAUACAGACUUAUUGGGCAUGGCAGACGUCUUUUUCCCUGAUAUCCAUGCAGCCGUGUCAGAUCUUGGUCUGGAUCCAGGACAGUCCUCCAGUAGCGGUUUCCAUCCGGACGCCCCAGGUGGUGGUGACAUCAGCAGUUUUGGUGAUCACUCACUUGCCCCUGGUGACACAGCAGGUUUUGGGGCUCAGGAUGUUCAAACCAGCUUUCUGUCAGACACAACAAGUGCUGCUGAUGUAGCCAGUACUGAGUCUACCUCUAGUAACGGAAAUGGAAAUGGCCGUCAUAGACCAGUAAUAGCGAUAGACCAAACAGUUGACCCUCACGGCAUUGAUUCUCAGCUUGAUUCAACAGUUAUAACAGGAGUAGAAGCUCACACCAUCAUCCCUCAGACAGAUGUAAUGGGAGAAGGGAGCUUGCAUGAUGCAAUGCCCCACACGGAUAUUACAGAUCUGGGAAUGGAAACUGUGACCAGCUCCCACAUACCGGCAGAUGCCACUGUUACAGGGGACAUACUCAGCUCCAGUGCACUGGGUACUGCAGGACUUGGAGAGGCAGUUAUGGACAGUGGGCACACAAACACUACAGAAUUGUUCCUUGGGUCUGGACUUGAGGCAGGCAUAACGGAUUCGGUCAACCUGCAAGGUGAACACAUUGAGACGGCAGUUCCAGUUACAGGGGACACGCUCAACACCAUGUCUCAGGCAGGCGGUGUGGGCACGGUUACAGCUAAUCCACAGGGAGUCCAUGACGGUUUAAGUCAGACAGGAAUCACCCCACAAGGCCAGCGUGCUGCUUCCGCAGCUGAACAGUACAUCACAUCUGGUCAGGGUCCUCAAGGUACAGAAAAUGUGGAACUGGAGGAUACCUGCUGAUUUUCACAUCAAGCCUCGCGUGAGGAUCUUACGCUACAGAUUUCAGUGCAUGGAACAAUCUACCUGGAAGAGCAGUGACCCAGCCCACUAGCGAUAGAUUCACUCGUUUUACGUUUUUAUUUUGACUAUUUAAACAAAGAUAACACUGUAAGUUUACUUUUACUAUGUCUGUUAAUAAACACCUGGCAAUUUUAUUUGAAGUUAAAUGAAGGGAGAUGGGAGAAAUAAAGGGAAAGAUGUUACAGGUUUCAGAGUGCGGCAUAAAACUGAGCAUCGUUACCCUGUCAAAAAAUUACGUUGUACAAAAGCACAAAAUUAUUGAAACUUUAAGCUUUUAUUUUUGCAAUGUGUGCAAGUACUGUAUUUCUUUGCUUAGAUAUAUUUGAGCAAUACUCUUCACCAUUGUUACAAAUUGUACAUUGCCUUAUGUAUGUCAUUUGAAAGUAAUCUUUACAUUAAAGUUACCGUCUAUUUUGAACAUCAAA